CAAGAGGCAACUGGACUUCUUGGUUUUUCUUUGGAGACGUUUCGCUUCUCAUCCGAGAAGCUUCUUCAGCUCUGACAGGACCAGCUGUCUUGAAGGAAGAUAGGAUAGGAUAGGUUAGAUGGAUUAUAAGGAAAAAGCUGAAGAGGUCUCCGCAAAAGUUCUUUUCUAUCUCCAUGAUACAGAAGGAUGGAAAGUGGUAAAAUCAACGAAACAAAUGGAUGUCCUGGCCAAACCUUCAACAGAAUUUCCAGGACUCCUAUACCGGGCAGAAGCAUUGCUGGAAGUACCCCCUCACGAAUUAUUUCCUUUUGUUUACCAGCCUGAGUAUCGCAGCAAGUGGGACAAAUCGUUGCAGUCGUAUAAAAUUGUAGAAAGAAUUGACCAGGACACCUUUAUUUAUCGCAGUAUUACUCACAGUUACGGCUUUGGGAUGGUUUCGCCAAGAGAUUUUGUCUAUCUGCUGCACGUAAAAACCUAUGAUGAAAAUUUAAUGACCACAAACUCCAUCAGUGUGGUUCAUCCCGAUUUUCUUCCAACUCCAGCUUAUAUUCGGGGCACCACUUUCUCUUCUGGCUACGCCUGUCGCCCACUACCAGAGAACCCAGAACACACCAAAUUUAUGAUGAUCGUCCAGGUGGAUCUGGGAGGGUUUCUAACGCCUUCAGUGAUCAAUUCCGUUAUGCCCAUGACCCUGGUAAACUUUGUGACCGAUUGCAAGACUGGAUUAAAGAUGUUAAAACAAACAACAUAA